AUGACUGACGGAUUCGCCGUUCGAAGGAAUAACACCUGCCUGAAUACCGAACUCGAUUGCGGGCAGACAUGGGGACAAUGGCACAACUGCUGCCCUAUGGCCACAUAUUGCGGGCCGGGCGAUUACGGCAACGAAUGCUGGAAGGCUCGAUCAGGCCCCAAGGAAAAGCGUUGUGCAAAUAGUACCGUGGAUUUGUAUUUUGCGGUGGACUUCUUCUACUGCGAUCAGGACGCGAAGGGCUUCGAGGUCAACUCGAAUGGAUUCGUGGGUUGCGCACCGCUGGACGAGGUCUUGCCGCAGGGACAGACUGCUUUGUCAAUUAUAGUGUCUGGAUCAGUCGCUUCUUCUUCGCCGACAAUAUCCUCUUCGACCGCACUGUCAACAGCGUCUACGAGCACAGCCACAUCGCUUUCGGCAUCAUUGUCCACUUCGAUACUGUCCACGACUAUUCAAUCGACCGCGUCUACUGCUUCGACAGCACCUUCGCCAUCUCCGACAGCAGCUUCCACAAAUACAGCAGCAAUUGCUGGCGGUGUUGCCGGAGGGGUGGUUGCUUUAGCUAUUCUUGCCUUUGUUAUCUGGUUUAUGCGGACCUAUAGGGCUCGCUCAACACGCCUCAAUAAACGCGCUGUCUCUCCGACGGAGAUUCAGGCCUCCUAUAUCACUCAGCCCAAGGGUUUUGGUUGGCCACAGGAGCUGGCGGGUCAGUCAUAUCGACCAGAGCUGGACAGUCAACCAUUGCAACCGCAGCCACAGGAGUUACCAGCACGCAUCUAA